AUGGAUCGCUCUCGGCACCGUGCAGGAAAUGGCAAUGAGCAGGCAUCUUCACGAGAGCGCAGUCAUGGUGAAGAUGAGAGACAACGACAGCUGGAGCGCCUCAGUAGGGAGGAGGCCUAUUACCAGUUCAUUAAUGAACUCAAUGAAGAAGACUACAGGUUAAUGAGAGACCACAACCUCCUUGGCACUCCUGGGGAAAUAACAGCAGAAGAGUUGCAACAACGCUUGGAGGGGGCUAAGGAGCGACUGGCAUCACAAACUGAUCCGGAAAACAGAGAAGGUGAAGAUUCUGAUGUUAUUGGAGAAAACUCAAAUGGUGACUCUUUGCUUGAAUGGCUGAACACGUUUCGUCGCACAGGAAAUGCUACUCGCAGUGGACAAAGUGGGAACCAAACCUGGAGGGCUGUGAGUCGAACAAAUCCAAACAGUGGGGAGUUUCGAUUUAGUCUUGAAAUCAACAUAAAUCAUGAGCAUAACAGUUUUGAAACUGCUGGUGAGGAGUAUGUGGGUAUAGAUAGUAACAGAAUGUAUUUAGAAAGACAACAUCGAAGAGCUGUCAGCCCAGUAACCCCACGAACAAGGAGAAGGACCGCAAGAGGGGCAAACAAUGAGGCUUCAAGCACUGCACGGACCAGGUCGGUAAGAAGUUCUGUGGCACAAAGCUCUGAAGCAGCUUCUCAUCCGAUCUCAGGGAGGUUCAGGAGUAGAACAAGGGAGCUGACAGGCCUUUCCCAAACAAAUACAACACAUAAUUCUGCAGCUACUGGUGAACAAAGAGAAAUGCCAGAAAGAGGUACUUCUACAGGAGUCACAAGAGGUAGAGCCAGAACUAAUGUUCAGAUGAGUACAAACCAAAGACUAGAAAUUCUGCGGCUGAGGUCUACUUUAAGUAGUCGAAGCCGCUCUCCGAUGCAAAGGCAGGGUGACACUGCCCAUUCUGAGGAACAUGGGCAGAGGCAGGAUAGAAACGCACAGCAAGUCAACAGAAGCAGAAGACAAACGGCUCAGCCUUCUCCACAAACUGCCACAGAACAAGCAAGAGGUAACACUCAGACUCCUCAGCUUUCCAGUGCAGCCCCAUCCUUGGGAAUAACUUUGGAAGAGGAGGAAUCUAGCAGACCAGUAGCUGCUGUUAGAAGGCAUCCAACAAUUACAUUAGAUCUUCAGGUGAGACGAAUUCGUCCUGGAGAAAACAGAGAUCGGGACAGCAUUGCCAGUAGAACUCGUUCUAGAGUAGGAAUGGCAGAAAACACAGUUACCUUUGAAAGUGACAGCGGAGGAUUUCGGCGUACGAUAUCACGAUCAGAACGUGCGGGUAUUCAAACCUAUGUUAGCACUAUACGGAUACCUCUUCGUCGGAUCUCAGAAACUGGGCUUGGUGAACCUUCAUCAGUGGCUCUCCGAUCAAUCUUUAGACAAAUUAUGACAGGCUUUGGAGAACUGAGUUCUUUAAUGGAAACUGAAUCUAACUCGGAAGUGCAAAGAGGUGGUCAUCACUUACAAGAUGUACAGUCAGAGCAGAUUAACUCAAGUUCAGCAAACAAUACCAGUGAUCCAAGUGAGGUUUCGUCUAGAAAUGGGUAUGCAAUAGAAGGCAGCAGGGAAACAAACGGACAGAGUGAUGAUAUUCAACGCUAUGGUCGCAAUAGUGAAAACCAAGAUAACAGGCAGUCUCAAGAUGCUAACAACCUAGUGGAAAAUGGAACGCUGUCCAUACUUCGACUUCUGAAUGAAGAUGAGGAUGACGACCGUUUAAGAGGUUUAACCAAAGAACAGAUUGACAAUCUUUCUACCCGGAACUAUGGGGAUAUUCACACUGAAAAUGAAAUAAGUAAAACAUGUAGUGUGUGCAUUAAUGAAUAUGUAACAGGGAAUAAGCUAAGGCAGUUACCUUGCAUGCAUGAGUUUCAUAUUCAUUGUAUUGAUCGCUGGCUUUCUGAAAACUCCACUUGCCCAAUUUGUCGGCAGUCUGUAUUGGGGUCUAAUGCCACAGACAAUGGCUAG